AUGGGGUCAAACACACUUGGGAAGGCUGCAACAUUGGAUGAACUUUUGAACGCUUGUAUUGAAAUGUUUGAUGACAAAGGAAAUCAGUGCUCCAGCCAUUUGCCAAGAACCUUUCUUCUAAUGCACCGCUGGUACCUGCCUUCCACAGAGCUUGCUGGCAAGCUUCUGUCCACAUAUAGAGAUGCCAGUGGGGAGAACUGCAAUGAAUUCAGAUUAAAAAUCUGCUAUUUCAUGAGAUACUGGAUUUUGGAAUUUCCUGCAGAAUUUAACUUGGAUCUUGGACUGAUUCGCUUGACUGAAGAGUUUCGAGAGUUAGCCAGCCAGCUCGGCUACGAGGAUCACAUCCAUCUCAUUGAUAUCUCCAGCAUUCCUUCCUAUGACUGGAUGAGAAGAGUUACACAGAGGAAGAAGAUUUCCAAGAAAGGAAAAGCCUGCCUGCUGUUUGAUCAUCUGGAGCCCAUUGAGCUGGCUGAACAUCUCACUUUUCUGGAGCAUAAAUCUUUUCGGAGAAUUUCUUUCACAGACUACCAAAGCUAUGUGAUCCAUGGCUGCUUGGAGAACAAUCCUACUUUGGAGAGGUCUAUCGCUUUAUUUAACGGUAUCUCCAAAUGGGUCCAGCUCAUGGUUCUCAGCAAGCCAACACCACAGCAAAGGGCAGAAGUAAUCACAAAGUUUAUCAAUGUUGCACAGAAGCUCCUUCAUCUCCAGAACUUCAACACACUGAUGGCAGUUGUGGGAGGUCUCAGCCACAGCUCUAUUUCUCGCCUGAAAGAGACUCAUUCUCAUCUGUCUUCAGAAGUCACAAAGGACUGGAACGAAAUGACAGAGCUGGUCUCUUCCAAUGGAAACUACUGCAACUACCGCAAGGCUUUUGCUGACUGUGUUGGCUUCAAAAUUCCUAUUUUAGGAGUUCAUUUGAAAGACUUGAUUGCUGUCCACGUCAUUUUUCCUGACUGGAUAGAUGAAAAUAAAGUAAACAUAGUGAAAAUGCAGCAGCUUUCCAUCACCUUGAGCGAACUGGUUUCCCUGCAAACUGCCUCUCAUCACUUAGAGCCUAAUAUGGAUUUAAUUAACCUGCUAACACUGUCCUUGGACCUCUAUCACACAGAGGAUGACAUCUACAAGCUCUCAUUGGUGCUGGAACCAAGGAACUCCAAAUCUCCUACCUCCCCGACGACCCCAAGCAAGCCAGUGGUGCCUCUGGAGUGGGCAUCUGGAGUGGUACCCAAGCCCGACCCGACAGUCAUUAACAAGCACAUAAGAAAGUUAGUGGACUCUGUCUUUAGGAACUAUGAUCAUGAUCAUGAUGGCUAUAUUUCUCAGGAAGACUUUGAAAGUAUAGCUGCCAACUUCCCCUUUUUGGACUCUUUCUGUGUGCUGGACAAAGACCAAGAUGGUCUUAUAAGCAAAGAAGAAAUGAUGGCUUACUUUCUGAGAGCUAAAUCGCAGUUCCAGUGUAAAAUGGGACCAGGGUUUAUUCACAACUUCCAGGAGAUGACCUAUCUUAAACCAACUUUCUGCGAGCACUGUGCAGGAUUUCUCUGGGGUAUAAUCAAACAAGGCUACAAAUGCAAAGACUGUGGUGCCAACUGCCAUAAGCAAUGCCGAGACCUGCUUGUGCUUGCCUGCAGAAAAUUUUCCAGAGGAACCUCAGUGGGCAGCAACCACGGCUCCCUGCCUAGCAGCCCCUCUCUGCCGCCAGUCCAGGAUGAGGUAUUCGAAUUUCCCAGCGUUGCUACAGAACAUCAGGACCUCGAUAGCAGGGCUAUCACCCUUGUCACUGGCUCCUCGCGGAAAAUUUCAGUGCGGCUGCAGCGGGCAACCACCAGCCAAGCAACGCAGACAGAACCACUGUGGCAUGAGCCGGGCUGGAGCGAUUCAGGAUCCCAUACUUUCCCCAAAAUGAAGUCCAAGUUCCACGGCAAAGCUGGGAAGAACAAAGGGUUUGCAAAAUGGGAGAACGAAAAGCCCAGCAUGCAGGCCAAUGUAGAUAUAGACACUGAGGCUCCCCAGCACAUCCUGGAUCACAAUGGAAUAGAAACGCUCCCCGAAAGACAGGAAUCUGAGGUGAGUUGA